AUGGCGGAUAGCGAUGAUGAUAGUGUAGCGUCCUUUAAGACGGCUAAGGAGAUCAGCCCGUCGCGUGGGAAAACAAUUUUUCCUCUAAUGAGCCACGAGUUGAGCUCGCUGGAAAGGAAGCUUAAUCGAAUCGUUUACAUACAGCAGGCAGACGCGGCUUAUCACAAAGCACUUAACGAUAUGCGAGAUCAGUUGAGCAUAUCAGUGAUUGCGGAGCCUAGUUUAUAUGGACGCCACAGACCCGUAGCGGUGCUAGUGGUGGCCACGGCCAAUCAGACAUAUGUGUUCGAUAUCCAGGCACUGGGCGCCUUUUUUCCCGAGUUGAAAAAGCUGCUGGAGGCUAAAUAUCCGAGAAAAGUGGUGCACUAUAGUCAUCGUAUUACCGAUCAGCUGUUCUAUAAGUACCAAAUUAAACUGACUGGAUUGAGCGACACAUUUGUGGCUCUGUGCGUAGCCCGGCAAGAUAAAAGUGCCUGCUCAUUGCCAGAAGCGAUUUCGUCAGUGCUUAAUAUUCCUCUAAGGGAACUGCUCUGCGACGAGGUCACCGGGCUUAAAGCCUUUGAGUCUAUUCUAAUGAUCGCCUAA